AAUUUUUCCUGUUAUCCUUUAGAGAAGUUAAGACCUAGAGAAUUCCCACAACAUAUUAAUGAAGAAGGCAGGAAAGAUUUAAUGGUGGUACAUGUCUUUCCUUCCAUCUUCUUUUGGCUAGAAAUCUUAGAAUGAGGACUGUCUUCAACGGUGCUUUUAUCUUUUUCUGCCUCUUAGGUGCUGUUGGAGGUGUGGUUUGUAGACAAUGCAACCUCUCAAUCCCCUUUCAUGGAUGUCUUUUGGACUUUGGAACCUGCAGAACAAAACCUGGACAGUACUGUAUAAAAGAGAUCCUUAUUAAAGGUGGAAUUCAAUGGUAUUCAGUUAAAGGCUGCACAGAAAGGCAAGACCAGUGUUUUAAGAGAAUCCUGACAUCUCAUCAAAUUUACUCUACUCACUGCUGCCAUCGUCCUUUGUGCAAUUUCUGA